CAAAAUAUUGCUGAUUUGUAAGAAAUUUAUCCUCAUCAAAAUAUAAUAAAAAAAAUUUCCAGAACAUGACCGAUACAAAGUUAUAUGAUAUUCUUGGUGUUAACAAAAAUGCUUCAGAAAAUGAGAUUAAAAAGCAAUAUAGAAAAUUAGCCAAGGAAUACCAUCCAGAUAAAAAUCCUCAUCAUGGCGAUAAAUUUAAAGAACUUUCAUUUGCGUACGAAGUAUUGACUGACCCAAAUAAAAGAGAAGUUUAUGACACUCAUGGUCUCCAAGGAUUACAGGAAGGUGUUUCCUCAUCAGAUUUUUCAUUUGGGGGAGAUAUUUUUUCUUCAUUUUUUGGAUCACCAUUUGGUGGUGGACUAUUUGGUAAUAUGGGUGGAGGAUCUAGAAGAAAUGCAAGAAGAAAAGGAGAAGAUACUAUUUAUCCUUUAAAAGUCACCUUGGAAGAUUUAUACAAGGGAAGAGUUGUUAAACUUCAAUUAGGCCGAAAUGUCAUUUGUCCAAAAUGUGAAGGGAGAGGUGGUAAGCCAGGCUGCAUAAUGCCUUGCCAGGGUUGUAAAGGUAGAGGUAUUAAGGUAACUGUCCAACAGCUUGGUCCUGGGUUUAUGCAACAGAUACAACAUGCUUGUGCAGAUUGCAAUAGAACUGGGGAGGUCAUUAAUGAAAGUCUCAAAUGCACACAAUGCAUGGGUGAAAAGACUAUCAGAAAUAACAAAUUACUUGAGGUGGAAGUUCUAGCUGGCAUGAAGAAUGGGCAAAAGAUAUAUUUUAGGGGAGAAGGUGAUCAAAAGCCUGACACAGACUCUGGGGACGUCAUGGUAGUCCUCCAGCUCAAAGAACACCCACAUUUUACAAGAGAAGGUAACGAUUUGAUAUUGCAACGAAUGAUUAGUCUCAAGGAAGCUUUAAUUGGUUUUACCACUACUAUUACACAUUUGGAUGGAAGAAAAUUAUUGGUGAAAAACAAAGCAGGAGACGUUAUAGAACCGAACUCCAUCCGGAUUAUCAAACACGAAGGCAUGCCUAUUUACAAAAAUCCACUAACCAAAGGGAACCUUUACCUCAAAUUGGUCGUAGAUUUCCCUUCCGACCAUUUCACAUCAGAAUCCAACCUCCUUAAACUGGAAUCCAUUUUGCCCCGCACCACCCCUCAUAAAAGACCUCUUCAACCCUCUACUCUACAUAAUCACAAACCACACACAAGUCACCAUACAAAUCACGACGAUCACAUGGAGGAAGAGGUUAUCCUUAUGAGAGAAGAUUUCAAUUCUCAGCAUCAAAGUAAACACGACUUUCAUUCCUAUAAUAACGCAAAUAAUAGUCAAUCCAAUCCAGAAUGGGGCAGAAACGAAGCCUAUCAUGAAGAUAUAGCCGAAGAUGAACAUCAACAUUUUCACCCUGGUAUGGGAGCCGGACCUCAGCAAGUGCAAUGCGCUAAUCAGUAAAGAUGACUAGAAACAAAGGCCCUUUGACAUGAGAUUUCUUAAAAAACUAGUGUAAUUUUCCUAUCAUUGUUGUAAUACAAAUAUUGUUAAAGUAAGUUUCCCCAGCUAGAUUUAAUUGUCAUUUUUAACGUCAGAUUUUCAUAAAAAAUCCACUCAAAAGGUUUUCUUUUUUACAAAGCAAAUUUCAUUCCUUAAAGAAUGAACUAUUUCUCCCCUAUUUUUAGUGUGAAAAUUUAAAUAUUACGAUGAAUUAUAUAUUCUCAUUGUUCAUUCUAACACAUUAUCUACUUUUUAAUUAAAAUUUAUCAUUUUUUUAAGAUUGAAUAUUUUUAUUUUAUACUUUAUAAUUUGUUUAACUACUACUAUUUAUUAUUUUUUGGUUACCUUAAUUUUGUAUUGCCUUGCUUGAUAUAUAUAAUUAAUUUCUUACGAGUAAGAUGCGAUAUUGUUUAGUCAACCUUUAUCCUAUUUUUUAAUAUAAAUGAAAUCUUAUGUAUUAGCUCAUUUCACAAAUUCUAUUUUAAAAAAUGUGAUAAGUGAAUAGUAUAAUUUUAUGAAUCAUUCUUUGUUUUUUGUAUCAACGUGCAUUAUAACCCCGACAUUAAUAAAAUCAUGAUUCGAAUACUUUAUGAUACGUUCUCGUCAGUUUAAAAAACUCAUUUAUGUAGAAGGAUAAUUUUGGUUAUUUUCUGAAAGAUUUUAUAUUUUCAAAUAAAUGAUAUACUAUAUUUUUUCUCGAUGUACGCUUUUAUUAAAAUUAUUACAAUAUAAUUUUGCAAUUUUUUUUUAUUUAUAUUUUAUAAAAAAAAGAAUUUUCCCUAUCUUCAUCAAAUUAUCAUUAUAUAGAUAUAACUUAAGUGUUAUAUUGAAUAAUAAAUAAUGCCAUGAA